AGUGGUGAAAAAUGUAAUAGCGAUGCGGAAUGUACGACGUAUGCUUCAUCAAAAUGCCUGUCAUCGGAGGGCCUAUGUACCCGAGAAUCGAAAGAAACGGAAGAACCAGAAAACAUUGAAGAAUUAGAAGAAACAUCUGAAGAAUCUAAGGAAGAAGAGGGGCAAGAAGAAAAACCUGAAGACAGUGAAGAAUUAGAAGAAGAACUGGAUGGAUGCACAGAGCAAGAAGGGCUUGAAGAAGAAUCUGAAUUCAUUGAAGAAUUAGAAGAAGAACUGGAUGGAUGCACGGAGCAAGAAGAGCUUGAAGAAGAACCUGAAUGCAGUGCAGAAUUAGAAAAGGAAUCAAAAGGAGGGAAAGAAGCCAGAAGAAGGACCUGA